AUGUUGAACGGAGGAUCUUCAGCAGAUCAACAGACGAAGUUGAUGCAAAAGAUGCGUGAAGAGUUUCUGCACCAAUUUGACGUACUUCGUCAGGCAAACGAAGCAAGCGUGGCUCAGAUCGCCUUGCUUCAACAGCAGAAUAACGCUCUACAAACGACGCUGGCUCAGUUGGCACCACCGCCACCAGUGGGUGACACAGCAGCACCCCCUAGUCAAAAUAUUCCUCCGAUUACUGGACUUCCACCUGAUGGGGUUCCACCUAAUAAGGCACGACCCAAUGAGGUUCAGCCGAAUGAGGUUCAGCAACGGAAGGCAAGAUCCGAGGCUGCGGCUUCAAAUAAAGUCCCUCGUCGCACGCAAGAUAAUCAGGUCGAAUCCAGCCAUAAGCUUACGGUGUGGUCCAAUGGAAUCCCAGAUGGUGUAGGUGUUCAGGAUGCUUUUGACGAAAAGAGACUCCUAAAGAUUCAAAAACCUGCCGAGAUGGCUAGAGAACACAAAAAUUCUUUGAUCAAAACUCCUUUCACUGACGAUAUGUAUCUGGUAGAGAGGCCCAAGAAAUUCACCAUGCCUUCUUUCACCCAGUUUGAUGGAACAGGGGAUCCUUCUCGGCACCUAGAUCAUUAUGCUCAAAAGAUGGCUUUGGAUGAUCUUAAUGACCCUUGGAUGUGUAGAGUUUUUCCUACCAGUUUGACAAGAGCAGCACUAGAGUGGUUCAGGAAUAGACCGCAUAAAUCCAUCUCGGAUUACGUAACUCUAUGCACCAUGUUCCUGGCACAGUAUUGCGGAAAUAAAAAGCAAAAGAAAAGCAUUGCCAGCCUCUUCACCGUAAGGCAGAAAAGGGGGGAAACAUUGCAGGAUUUCUUAUCAAGAUUCAACAUGGAGGCAUCAGAAAUAGCGAAUUGUCAUCCCGCAACUGCUAUAGAGACAUUUAAACUCGCAAUGACUCAGGGGACGAAGUUCCACACUUCCCUAGUCAAGUAUUCUCCUCCCAACAUGCAGACUUUAAAUGCCAGAGCCUAG